AUUAAAUACUCUUAUGCUACUGCUAGGCUAACGUGUCAGAAGGCAGUUCGGUGCAAGUUACUUCUAAACGAUGGAUGUUUUACUAAUGUUACUGGUGUCAGUUCUCUAUAUCUUGAGUCCUGUUCAUCCAGACAAUUGUGAAUAUAAUUGUCAGAAUGGUGGUAUACCGUCCAGGAUUUGCGGAAAAUGUUUAUGUUUCAACCACACUGGAGACCAUUGUGAACUGGAUGAUCUAUGGAACAACCUUGUCGUGGAUUCCACUGACAUAUUUCUGGGUCUGCCUUUUAAUAUGAUGUGUGAGGUGACCAACGCCCGUGGUUUUGGUAUUAUAGCGAGUAAAGUGGAGUUCUUUAAAGUAGUCGACAUCGGCGCUGAAGAGCCCGUCUAUAUGCUGCAGAACGGGUCGAAAUGUUCAGAACACAAUAACAUUCCAGGCUAUAAAGCCAAAUGCGGGAAGGGGACGGACGACGUCGACUCGGAUGUUAAGCUCUACACCUUGCAGAUAGCCCGGGUAAAGGAGGAUGAUGCCACUGACUGGUCUUGUAAAAUAAACUAUCCACGUAUUGCGAUACCCCCCAGUAAGAGACUCAGAAUAGCCGCUUGAGGCAGCAUAAUAACUUGACAGAAAAUGAUGACUAUUAAGAUUAUCAUUUUGACUAAAGACACACCCAAGUUUCCUCAAAUGCUGUACACAUA